GGAGGUGGUGUGCUUUUCUUUUAACCGCAAUCCUCCGCGCGUGGUGUUCAGUGAAGAGAAGCCGGGGAGAGCUGCGGAGAACAGGCCCUCUCCUGGCUCACAUCCCUCCACACACGCCUUCACCUCAGGGCAUUCAGUGAAGCUCCACCUCCUCCUGAGGCCUGCAGAGAGUGCUCGCUGAUAUCAAACACACCGCAGCCAUUAUUCCAGCGUGAAAUCAUCUAACACACACAAACAAAUCUGCUACUCCACCCAAACAUACAAACAGGCCCUCUUUGAAUACACUCUCCAGUAGCAUCAUGCUGAGCCAGGAGAUCUUCCAGAAGCUGAGGUUGCCCGAUCUGGAUGAUGUUCGUCAGUACGUCAGGAGCGUCUCUACCCCCGUGUUUGUUAGCAUGGGGGCAGUUGCUGCUGCGACUGCAUACUACUUUGCAACGCGCCCCAAAGCCCUCCCGUCAGUCUGUGACCUCCACAUGCAGUCAGUUGAGGUUCCGGGUGGAGAUUUUGCACGCAGAUCACCUCUUCUGAACGGAGGUGGUGACUUGUCUCAUGCGUACGAUGAUGGCAGGACAAUGUAUGAGUUCUUCCUCAGAGGAGCCAGAGUCUCCAAUAAUGGUCCCUGUCUGGGCUCCAGGAAACCAAAACAGCCCUAUGAAUGGAUGUCCUAUGGAGCGGUAAAGGAGAGAACAGAGAAUCUAGGUUCCGCAUUUCUUCACAAAGGGCACUCCAAGACCACCGACCCCCACAUCGGCAUCUUCUCUCAGAACAGACCUGAGUGGACCAUCACUGAGCUGGCAUGUUACACAUAUUCGCUGGUGUCAGUCCCUCUGUACGACACCCUGGGAAAAGAGGCCAUUGCCUACAUUAUAGACAAAGCGUCCAUCUACACUAUAGUGUGUGACGUGGUAGAUAAAGUCAACCUGGUACUUGACUGUGUGAAGAAUAGGAAACACACUGUGAAAACCAUCGUUCUAAUGGAGACACCAAGUCCUGACCUGGUCAGCAGGGGGAGACAGGCUGGAAUCCACAUCCUCAGUCUGCAAGAGAUGGAGGCUAUUGGAAAAGCCAACCACCACCAACCAGUGCCUCCGCAGCCCGAUGACAUGGCAGUCAUCUGCUUUACCAGCGGAACAACAGGAGAUCCAAAGGGAGCUAUGUUGACACACGGGAAUAUUGUGUCCAACUGCUCAUCCUUCAUCAAAUUGACAGAGUCAUACUCUCAGACCACCUCAGAGGAUGUGAUGCUGUCUUUUCUGCCUCUGGCCCACAUGUUUGAGAGAGUGGUGGAGGGGGUGAUGUUAGUCCAUGGAGCAAGGAUCGGCUUUUUCCAGGGGGACAUUCGUCGGCUGGCAGACGACCUGAAAACGCUGAAACCGACUGUGUUUCCUGCAGUUCCCCGAGUCCUCAACAGAAUGUAUGAUAAGAUCUUUGGCCAGGCCGACACCUCUCUGAAGCGCUGGCUGCUGGGAUUUGCCUACAGGAGGAAGGAGGCAGAGCUGAUGAAAGGCAUCGUGAGGAGAGACAGUAUCUGGGAUCGACUAAUCUUCAGGAAGGUCCAGGACAGCCUCGGCGGUCGCGUUCGUCUCAUGUUCACAGGAGCCGCCCCCAUCUCUCCUGUUGUUCUCACUUUCCUCAGAGCUGCAUUAGGCUGUCAGUUCUAUGAAGGCUAUGGACAAACAGAGUGCACUGCUGGGUGCACAAUGAACAUCCCAGGAGACUGGAGCGCAGGUCACGUUGGAGCUCCUCUGCCCUGUAACUCAAUCAAACUGGUUGAUGUGCCCGAGAUGAACUAUCUGGCAGUAAACGGAGAGGGAGAGGUGUGUGUCAAGGGUACAAACGUGUUCCGGGGCUACCUGAAGGACCCAGUGAAGACAGCAGAGACUAUUGAUGCAGAUGGAUGGGUUCACACAGGAGACAUUGGAAAAUGGCUUCCAAAUGGAACACUGAAGAUCGUGGACAGGAAGAAGCACAUCUUUAAGCUGGCACAGGGGGAGUACAUUGCUCCUGAAAAGAUAGAGACUAUCUACCUGAGGAGUGAUGCAGUGGCACAUGUCUUUGUACAUGGAGACAGCCUGCAGGCAUGUCUGGUAGCAGUGGUGGUCCCUGACCCUGACUUCCUAUCUGGCUGGACCAAGAAGACACUGGGCCUGGAGGGCAACUACCAGGAUCUAUGUGGCAGAGCGGAUGUGAAAGCAGCCAUCUUGGAGGACAUGGUGCGACUGGGAAAAGAAGGAGGCCUCAAGUCUUUUGAGCAGGUGAGGGCCAUUUAUAUCCACACCGAGCUGUUCUCAAUCGAGAACGGCCUUCUCACUCCUACGAUGAAGGCCAAGAGGAACGAACUGCGGCAACACUUCAGACCCCAUAUAGAAGAGCUGUACGCUGGGAUCACAAUGUAGUAGGAGAGGGGGAGACAAGUGACACAAGAGCUCCACCAAACAUGUUUUUAGAUGGAGAGCAAAGAAAGAAGGGAGGAGGAUGAGGGGGAGGACGAGCUGAAGCACACAAGGAAGUUAAGAAAGAGAAUCAUCCACCUGCUCAGUCCUCAGUAACAAGAGGAACAACAAGAGGAGGAUGUCAUGUAGCUUUUAAUGGAAUGAUUCAGAGCAUUCUGAACAAAACCUUUGAGGAACAGAGUAGAUUUUAUCUUUAAAAUAAAGUUUUAAAGGGAAACAGUUGUUCACUGUGGCACCAGAUAUCUCAGGAAUGCUGUGGCAUGAACCACACAUAGCACCUCACACACACACACACACACGCGCACACACGCGCAUGUAUUCACACACUUUCUAACUUAAAGGAUGAAGAGGGAACACUUUUACUUUCAUUGGUUCACUGAGGUACAGAGCGAUGACUUGCGUCACACAAACACCCUGACACAUCACAACAUGAACAUUUCAGUAUUUUUGACAGUUGUCAGAUUGUAUUUCACUAUUUAAGUUUGUUCAGUUGGAGUUGAAAUCCACAAAGGGUUCUUGGAUUGUUUCUGUCGUGUUCUUAAGCCAUAUUGAAACUGCACAAACAAACACAGCUGUUCACAGGGAAUUCAGACUCUCAGAAAGAAACACUCAGGGAGAUUUUUGUACUUUAUUUAUGUUACAACAGGAACAGAGGAGAUGUGUGGAGUCAAGCAUGCCAUAAAAUCGAUCUGAAAGAGAAAAGGGAAAUAAAUGUAGAAAUAUUAAGAAUAAUUAAAAGAAUAAGUAAUUAAAAUGGUAAAAACAUUAAGAGAAAUUAUACAAGAAUUAGUAAUGAAAUAGGUAAAUGGUUAUAAGCAUUUUCACAUUCAUACUUCAGUAUAUAUUAUGUUUUUAAAAACAGAUUUAUUUUUGCAUAUAAAUUACACUUUCUGUAUAUAUUUUAAGGUUUUAUUUAUUUGCAUCCCUUUUUUCCUUAAUGCAAAAACAAUGGGGACUACAGCAAGGAAAGUAAAGGGAUAAAAUGAAAUUAUAUAAAGUUGGUUAAAUAAAUAGAGCAAUUUAUAUGCAAAACUAAUCAAUAAGUACAUUUUUAGAAGUAAAAAGUAAUUUUUUUAAAUAUUAAGUUGUAAUUCACAUUCUGCAUUUAUUUA